GGUUAUGCAUUAACAGCUCAAUGCUUCAACACGCUCUUUCUCAGUAGCGGUGCGCUCUGGCUGGCUGGGAGACACGCUGGAGUGUCCGCCACGGGGAUUAACAGCAGCCAGGGAUGCGGCUUCACAAGGACACCUGUGGAGCACUUGUGAACGGAGCCCCGCUUGCUAACGACUGUUGCAGAGUUUUGUUUUCUUCUUUUCAACUUGUUCUUUUAAAGGACUCGCAUGUGAGAGAAGAGCUCCGGCUCGGCAAAAGGAAAAGCUGACAGUCUCCUCCUAUGUGAGGAAUGUUUUCUGAGAAUUUUGCGCCGUUCUCGUUUCCAGCAGGUCACCUCACCGGCUGACUUUGUGAAUGCGUAGUAAAAGCUUUUUUUUUGUCUUUGUGCUGAUGCGCCUGUCAUCCUUGUGGAAUGCAGAUUAAAAGCCCUCUGUCAGGUACCGAAUGGCUCAUUCGGGCUCUUAGCCAUGGAGAAAGCAGAGACAGGCUGACUAGAUAAAAAAAAAAAGCUCUUCUCUGGUGGUGAGCCUACUCCACUUGGAAGCAUCCAUGCCAGUAUGGGGAUAUUUAUCCUUGGAGAGAAGAGGAGUUGGUUGGCUUGGAAUCUAUUUAUUCAUUAAUAUCCCGUAAGUGUGAGUUUUUCCAUGGUGGGAGCACCAGUUUGUGGAAGUGCCUGGAGAGAUCCCUGAGGAGCUGAUUCAUUGAUCACUGCCAGCCCGCCACCAUGACUGACUCUCACUUGUCUGGUUCAGCGGGAAGCUCCAACAGCAGCUCUCCUACCACCAGUGACUGGAACAUCACCGGCAGCGGCCCGUGGCUCUUGGCUUUCAUGUUGACCGCCAUCAUCCUGGUGACGGUCUGUGGCAACAUGCUGCUCAUCGCGUUGGUGUUUGCCCAUCGCUCUUUGCGCUGCACCUCAAACUGCUUCCUGGUCUCCUUGUUCUUCUCUGACCUGAUGGUGGCCACAGUGGUUAUGCCCCCCGCCAUGCUCAACGUGCUCUGUGGGACCUGGGUGCUGUGGCCUGCUUUUUGCCCAGUUUGGCUCUGUUUUGACAUCAUGUGCUGCAGCGCAUCCAUCCUCAACUUGUGCGUGAUCAGCCUAGACCGUUACCUCUUCAUCAUCUCGCCACUGCGCUACAAGCAGAGGAUGACCCCACCUCGUGCGUUACUACUGGUAGGGGCCGCUUGGGGGUUGGCAGCCUUGGCUUCUUUCCUUCCCAUUGAGAUGAAAUGGCACAGUUUGGGCCACGGGAGAGAAUAUUUACUGAUUCCCGAAGCCAGCAAUGGUAACAUUAGCUCGUUCUCUGAAAAACUGCAUCCUGAUACCCAUUUUCAGGUUUCACCAUCAGGAGGUGUGUCCUUUCAGUGCCGCCUGCAGGUCACCUUGCCCUUUGCACUGGUGGCAUCCGUGCUCACCUUCUUCUUACCAUCCAGUGCCAUUUGCUUCACCUACUGUCGGAUACUUCUGGCUGCACGGAGGCAGGCGAAGAGAGUUGCAGCACUUAGCCACCCUCUGCAUCCGCAUCCUUCCCUCGAAGAACCUUCCCGGCCUCCUUCACCAGGGAGGCAAGCUCAGCAGGAUGGAUACAGCGGCAGCCACCAUGGACCUCCUAUGUCACAAAACAUACCGCCGCCUGUGAACAGCGAGCGGCGUCUGGCUCACAGGCAGGGUCGGAGGGCACUGAAGGCCAGCCUCACGCUGGGGGUCCUUCUGGGGCUCUUCUUCAGCGCUUGGUUGCCGUUUUUCAUCACCAACAUGGCUCAGGCAGUGUGCGAGUGUGUCCCCCUCGUGCUCUUCGACGCCAUCACCUGGUUGGGUUACUGUAACAGCACCAUGAACCCCAUCAUCUACCCACUCUUCAUGCGGGACUUUAAGAGAGCUCUGGCUAAACUGCUGCGCUGCUGUUCCUCACGAUCACCCCGGAGACCGUCGCCGGCGCUCUCCAUCUCUCUGCGCAACUCAGGAGAGCCCAACGUCGCCAGCAGCCCCCCGUCACCUCUGGCCUCUGACCCCACUCACCCCCCUGCCACUGCCACAGACGCCGUAAACCUGCUGGAUGCGGAGCAUGCUGCGAUAGAGCUGCCUCUGCUGCUCCCCAAUCAGGUGGACACCCUGGGUUAAAUAACUGAAGCAAAUAAGCUGAGUCAGACAGAAGAGUGAUUCACCUGCGUGUUCAGAAUUUAUAAUCCUACUCAAUAUGAGUUAAAAGGAUAGAAAGACUUGAAAAUCAGAUUUUAAAUAUAAGGAGACAGCUCAGAAAAGUUCACACAUUUCUCAUGAUGCUUUACAGUUAUCAGCGCUGGUACAACAGGCUAAUUAAGCUCUCUGGUGAACAUGGUUUCCUGUUUCUCUGUGCAGAACGGAGAUAAACCGGCUACAAAAGCAACACGUUUGCUGAGCAGCCCCCAGCCAUAUGGAAACUGUUGUAUUAUAUUCAUAGCAACCAGAGUGAAAGGGACGGAGUUGUCACGGAUUUUGUAACUAAACCUGCAAGCUGCGCAGAAAGCAGAGGUAUCCGACAUCGCGGCACUUUUAGACAACAAAUGAUCUAAUUAGCAGUGAACGAGUGUUAAAUGAUUACAUCAGGAAACCAUAAAGAAGUGGAAUCAAAGCCACUGGUGCAACAGAUUUCCUCUAAAAGCUGCAAGAAGGAAAUGAUUAUUGUUUUCUUUGCUGAAAGUUGGGCUGCUUUUUUUCAUCCGACUGCUCUUCGAUCCAGUGCGAGUCAUCCCAGCUCCACGAAACGUGCUCAUCGUCCAGGUCAGCCUCCUCUACGCCGCCACACCUGGCGCUAAAGUCAGAGGACACGUUGUCCUUAGUGGUGUCCUCCUCAGAAGGAAGAGACACUUUGUGUUGAACUUGACAUUCUGAUUCCGUCUCAUCUAAAGAGUCUAACAGGUCUGAUAUAUCAGGGAUGUCCCACCCGUUACCCGGGUCGUCCUUCUCCAGAACUUCUUCCUGCGUACAAGUUCCAACCAUCUCAGCGGGGUUUUGCGUCGCGCCCACACACUGCUCCUUGGUUUCGCUGGGAUUGUCCAUCGUCCCCGCGGACAUUUUUACAGGCAGAGGAAGAACGAAGGAAGCUCCCGGGACUUCUUUGGUGGGAACUCCUACCGCCACCAGGAUGGUGUCCAUCUGACGCAUGUAGUCCAAGUGACCUUUAACCUGGAAACCAGGGUUCAAGUGUAAAUCAAGGUGUAAAUUUACAUUUUGUGAAACUGUAAAAAUCAUUAUUUAUCAUUAGAACCAUUUAUGAAUCAACAAAUGUUUGAUACUUAUUCUACAUUAUGUUAGGACACACACCUAGUGUGUGUGUGUGUGUGUGUGUGUGUGUUUUCUGUCCUUGGUUGCUGUAUUUACAUCAACAGGCCCAUUUCCACUAUUAGAACUGGAGUGUCUCCAUUUCACCCGGCCAUUCCAAGAGGAUCACUGUCCGGGAACCGAUGUACCUGAACUGGGGUCCAUACUCAGAAAGGCCCAGCAGAGCCGCUGGGCGGGACUUGUGGUGAACUCACAUGGAUUGGUUGUAUCUCAGUGGGAAAUGUCCUUGUGAGAUGUGGAAAAGGAAAUAAGCAAUGUUCACUCAUUUUAAAAUCGCCUUUUCUAAAAUACCAACGCUGAAAAAUGUGGCGGAAAUCCCCCACAACAAUAAUUCACAGCGUUUGGUGGUCUCCUACAGAGCGCUGUUUCUUCUGCUGCUUUUUACGUCACACAGAUUCUCUCUCCGCCGCCUGAACGGAUGUACGGCGUACUUUCGCAGAAUUAAACUUUUAAUAUCAAUCUCCAUGGAUGCCUUGUGAGACUCAGUGAUGUUUCUUUAUUUAACCAGAUGAGUCGAUUGAGAACUCAUUCUCAUUUACAAUGAAAACCUGGCCAAGAGGCGGCAGCAACAGACACAUAGCUAGCUUUACAACAAAGAACAACAGACAAGACAAAAAUGAAGCAGUUAGACAUAAAGACAAAGGACUGUUCUCAUAUACAGUAUGUACAAGCAAUCAAAACGAACAUAACAGUCUUUAAGUACUCAGAAGCAGGCACACUGAUCAUACCACUGCAAUGAAUUUUUGAAGGUAGAUGAUGGGAUGCAGGGCGUGAGCUUCAGUGAUUCUUACAGCUCAUUCCUGUCGUUGGAAGCAGCAAAAUGGAAUGAGAAGAGGCCAAAGGAGGUGUGAGCUUUGGGAAUAACCCAAUGUCACUCACUGCCUAAACAGUUGCAGUACGCUGAUGUCUUAGCAAAGUCCUGAAAGGGCCGACUUUGAGAGGACCGAGCCGACUAUUUUCAGUCGCCGUCCUCGUUCCCAGAAAUCUUAAAGAGGAAACGCAGCUGCCGCUCUUCUACCCUGCGCGGUACAACAGGAAGGAGGUGCAACCACUCAAAGUAAACUCACUCGUGACAUUUGAAGCCAAACAGAAUUAACACGCCCCCUGGUGGUAGGCUUCAAUAUGCAUGUUUUAGCAACAUUUUCCAUAUUAAACAAAUCAAAUGACAUGAAAUCCCAUACAAUACUGAGUCCUCUUGUUUCAAUAUUAAUAUUUCCAAUAUAAACAGGAAGGGCUGUGCAAUAUGGCCUAAAAGUUCACCUCGAUAACGGUACAUGGACGAUAACUGCAUGUAUGCACUAAAGAUAUCCACUAGAUGGGGCUGUCCUGUGCAUUACGUUGAGUCCCGUUGCCACGUUACUGGAGGUGGGGCAGUUUUUUUAAGGGACACGAACGCCACCAACCUACACACAUCUUUUCGUCGUCUUUGUCUUCCUCCGCUUAUCCGGGUCUGGGACGCGGGGGCAGCAUCCCAACUAGGGAGCUCCAGACCGCCCCCUCCCCGGCCUUGUCCACCAGUUCCUCCGGCAGGACCCCAAGGCGUUCCCGGACCAGAUUGGAGAUGUAACCUCUCCAACGUGUCCUGGGUCGACCCGGGGGCCUCCUGCCAGCAGGACAUGCCCGAAACACCUCCCCGGGGAGGCGUCCAGGAGGCAUCCUGACCAGAUGCCCAAACCACCUCAACUGGCUCCUUUCGAUCCGGAGGAGCAGCGGUUCUACUCCGAGUCUCUCCCGAAUGUCCGAGCUCCUCAUCCUAUCUCUAAGGCUGAGCCCGGCCACCCUACGGAGGAAACUCAUUUCGGCCGCUUGUAUCCGCGAUCUCGUUCUUUCGGUCAUUACCCAAAGCUCAUGACCAUAGGUGAGGAUUGGGACGUAGAUCGACCGGUAAAUCGAGAGCCUGGCUUUCUGGCUCAGCUCCCUCUUCCCCACGACAGAUCGGCUCAGCGUCCGCAUCACUGCAGACGCCGAACCAAUCCGCCUGUCGAUCUCCCGAUCCCUCCUACCCUCACUCGUGAACAAGACCCCGAGAUACUUGAACUCCUCCACUUGAGGUAGGACCUCUCUCCCGACCCGGAGGUGGCAAGCCACCCUUUUCCAGUCGAGAACCAAGGUCUCAGACUUGGAGGUGCUGAUCCUCUUCACACAUCUUUUAAUUUUUUAAUGCCAGUUUAUUGAUAUGGGGAAAAUGAAAUCAGUUAGUCAGAAAUUCCGAUAACAAAUGUUUGAUUUAUUGCCCAGCCCUAUGGGAACGUCAGGCCUGUAUACAUCAGUGCAAACCCCCCAAAACAUCAGACUGGAAGUCUUCCUUCAGGUUUAUGAAAAAUACAAAAGCUGCUACGGUAAAUAAUUUCGAUGUGUUGUUAGUUAAGCGUCCUAAUCCUGUUUUAACAGCCCUGGCUCUCACCCACUAUCCUGCCCACUGCAUUAUCAUUUCACACAUUUUAUCUAACACAAUUCUGUUUAUUUUAUACAUGCUGGAGUCUCUGAUUCCAAGAUUACAAAAAUAUGAACAAGAACACGUGAAAAUACUUUUAAAACAGAGCGGUACAAUAACAAGAGACACAGAGGUUGCUCUGACGUGAGCAGAUAUCUGAGAUUUUAUAUGUAUGGUCUGACAAAAUCCAAUCUGGGUCAUGAAUCCACCUUAAAAACUUUAGGUUUUAUGGUGGAAUCUCACUUUGUUAUCAGUUGUAUGCAGAAGCUAUGUCAGACAGUGCUCUUCAGGUGGAAUGGGAUCAAGAGAAAGUCUGAGAUUCUUGAAUGAAACCUUCCAGUGAGCAUCUGUUACCACGGUAACAGGAUCAAUACAUUUAAUUACUUUUCUUUCUUUAGAAAAGACCCCCUGGUUUCCCUAAACCUGGAAAAAGCGUACUGAAAGUGUUUCAGAGCCUUUAUUCUGGAGUCCACCUCAGCGCACCUGUAUGGAGCUUCAGUCAUGUUUUUUAUUGGUUCCCUUAAAGGGACUUUACGGACUAUUGAAUUUUUAUGCUCGCGAUUGCCCCCUCAGGCCAAAAGCGUAACGACAGCUUCAAUAGUAGGCUCGUGCACGAGGCGUGCAUGCUGUACGUGCACACUCCUUAAUGAAAAUAUCAGCUGAGACAGUCCCAUGUGUGUGUGUGUGUGGCCCGGAGGACAGAGGACAGGAGAACGUGCAGCUAAUUAAUUAAAUAAUUUGGUUCUGUACCUUUCUCUUCAGCACAGCCGACAAAGGUGUAUGAUGGGUCAGUCCUCCUGCAUGCUCAGAUCAUUCCCUUCCCUUGCUUGAAAAAUUGUUCCAAAAUGAAAGUUGAACCCACAUCUUUUUUUUAUCUGUGAAUUCAAUGCCGUUCGGCGAGUCUCAAAUAAAAAUUUGGGCAUCUUACUGUAAAAAAA